CGUAUGCUCAAUCCGAUUUAAUUUACUCGAGAGAGACAGUCACUUGGAAGACUAGUGCUGCUGCCAAGCGAUCAGCAUUGAAAGUACAUGCACUGCUGUCUAGAUCUUCAACGAGCACUAACUUGAUUUCUUCGUUGUUCCGUUGACACACAGUUGAAAACUGUGGACUUUGCUAGUGGAGUGUGGAUUUUCUGUGCUUUUUUGUGAUAUUUAAAUUAAUAAUUAACUUUAAAUUUAACUACACAAUAUGGAGCUAAAUAUACUAUAAUUUUGGCAGCUAAUUAUAGGAACACCGACUACAUUCUUCCAGAUACUCCUCCUCAACAAAGCACUUCCCAUCUUACUGGGCAGCUCAAGCUGCACAGCAGAAGAAGAAGAAGCUUCCAGCCACCACUACCAGUGCUGCUCCCGCUGCUGCAUCCGACUGCGAGGACUAACCAUUGAAGAACCAUGGUGUCUUUGUGGAGAGGGGGUUGAGCAGUGAGGAAAUCAUUGUACCGGACACUCUGCCAUCUCAUCUGGAGUGGGCAACGAGACGUGUGCCACUCACAAUGAUUUCCAACAAGCAACAGGGGAAGAGAAAGCUGCACUUUCUGGAGGAGGAGGAUGAGGAAACCAACUUUGUACCCUCAAAGAAACAAUGUGCAUAUGAAGCUGAGAACUCCUCCAUUGCUCAGCUACUAGAGGAGGUGGCGCAGGAUGAUGACAAUCACAAUGAUUUUGUUUCAAUCAUCAAUAGACCAUCAGCUAAGCCAUGGAUGCCUCUCCGCGAGCUGGCGGAAGAUGUCCCGCAUAGUAUUAUCUCUGCUCAUGAAGAAACAAACCACCACGGGAGAAGAAUAAUAUUAAAAAUAAACAUUGCAUCUACAAAGAAAAUCUCUGAGGUAUAUCUACCUCAGAGAUUUUCAUCCACAAUUUCACCAAUAAAAGUUAUCAAAUUUAAUGCCAAUUGUAAAAAUUUAGCAAUAGUGGUGAAGCAUGUCACUGCUACAUGGACUGACAUUAAGAUUUUUAAAAUUUAACAAUCUUAUUGUCAUAUCAUGUUGUGGUGAGAUGCUUUACAAGUAGUAGUAGUAUAUAAUGUAAAUAUUGUAGUGAUUAAUAAUAAAUUGUAAUAUUGUUUUUAUAAAAA